AUGGGUGGAUCACAAUACUGUUUCGACACCGUAUCAUCGAUUAUAGCUUUCCAGCAGAGAGCCGAUGCAAGCGCUAACUGGGCAGAGCCUCCGAGCUAUCCCGCUACCACAUUUUCGUUUUUGGAAGACGAAACCGUGGGAAUUGAUGCGCCACAUAGGGACCACGAUGUCACCAGAAUACUAAUCGAUAUAGGAAGCUUGGUAGACGUCAUCUUCUGCGAAACACUUAGAAGGAUGGAAAUCGAUUUGUCCGAAGUAACUGCUAUUCCGAAGCCAUUAACAGGAUUCUCGGGGGAAACAACGAUGACAGUCGGAACAAUCAGACUUCCCGUGCAAGCAGGAGGAGUAACGAAAGUGGUGGAGUUUUUCGUAGCUGACCAUCCGGCAAUUUACAAUGUAAUCAUAGGAACGCCGUGGUUGAACUCGAUGCGUCAAAUCGGCGAGGCGCGUGAGAAGAAGAGCGCGCCGAGCUUUGAUCUGGUGAUCUCGGUAUGCAUAGACGAAUUACAUCCGGAGCGGUGCGUAGAGAUUGGAGCGACACUCGACGAGGCGAUUAAAGCAGAGCUCGUCGCUUUCUUAAAACAGAAUGUUGGAACAUUUGCAUGGACAGCAGAAGACAUGUUGGGAAUUAGCAUCGAUGUGGUAUGCCAUGAGCUCAACGUGGACCCGACGUUCAAACCGCUGAAGCAGAAGAGGAGAAAGCUAGGUCCCGACCAAGCCAAGGCAGUGAACAACAAAGUAGAGAGACUCUUAAAUGUGGGUUCGAUUUUCGAGGCCAAAUACCCAGAUUGA